UGCCAUCAGCAGUCGGCCAGUUUCGCUGGCAGAAGAGGCCGCAGCUCCUUCCUGUCGGCCCCCUGGGCAGAAGCAUGCAGUGGUGUCUCCUACUGCUCUGGGCCCAGGGGCUGAGGCAGGCUCGCCUCCCUGCCUCAGGAGCUGUGACAGGCAGAAUAGUAACAACGGGGAACAUUUCUGCAGAGGAAGGUGGCUCUGUCACCUUACAAUGUCACCUCUCCUCCACUACUGCCAAAGUGACCCAGGUCAACUGGAAACAGCAGGACCACGUUCUGGCCAUUCAUCAUGCCAGCCUGGGGUGGUACAUCGACCCAGCCUUCACGGAGCGAAUGGUCCCAGGCCCCAACCUGGGCCUCACCCUCCAGUCCCUGACCAGGAACGACACAGGAGAGUACAUCUGCAUCUAUCACACCUACCCUGAUGGCAUUUACAAAGGGACAGUCUUUCUGGAAGUCCUACAAAGCUCAGUGGCUGAGCACAGCGCUGGGUUCCAGAUCCCAUUGCUUGGAGCCAUGGCCACAGUGCUGGCAGUCAUCGGCACAGCAGUCAUUGUGGUGCUCACACUGGCCAGAAAGAAAUCUCUCAGAAUCCGUUCUGCGGAAGGUGGCCUCGGGAGGAGGCUGUCUGAACAGGAGGAGUGGAGGCCCGGCGUCCUGUCCUCCCCGGGCAGCUGUGUGCGAGCGGACGCCGGCGUCUGCAGGGAGCAGCCGGGAGAGGACCGCGCAGAGCCCGAGCCGCACGACUACUUCAACGUCUUGAGUUACAGAAGCCUCGCGAGCUUCAGCUUCCCCGCCGAGGAGGGCUAGCUCCCGGGGGCAUCCUCUGGGAGACACAGUCCUGCCUGUGCUAUCACAGAUGGACGUAUUGGCGUCUGCCCGUCACGGGUGUGUGUGUGUGUGUGUGUGUGUGUGUGUAUGCGUGUGUAUGCAUGUGGACGUCUGCACACGCGUGUGUGUGGGUGUGUUCGGUUGAGUGAAUGUAUGUCAUCCUCCUCCGUGUCUGCCUUCCCUUUACCCUUCCCUUCUGUUCCAUCUUGGCAGAUCCCGGGGAGGAGCCUGUAUCUUGAUUACCAAUGCAAAGUUAGAAAACCAAACAAACACUUGACCUGGUUUCGAAUCUGACAGUUGGAACAGAUCCUGUGGCUGAGAUCUGCAUUCCCCCUAAGAGCAUUGGGCAGGGUUCAGGGCUACAGGAUUCUGUGGUGGAUUUCGGGGAUGGGGUGACUGCAGAGGCACCUCGUCUCAUUUGCCACUGUCGUCUGCGUCAACGUUCACACACCCAAGGCGUUUUAGGACUAAGGCAUGCUACCAGCUUGUAUGCGGAGAUUGGAGGAUGACUAAACCAUUGACUCGGGUCCCAGCCCUUUGAGAACUUACAGUUCAGUGGGGAGACAACAUUUACAUUAAAAAGUAGUGAGGAGGUAAGGGUCCAAGACACAGGCCUUUGGGAAGACAUGUCAGGUGAGGGUGAGAUGGUCAGGAUGAGCUCAUCUGUGGGGAAGUGGCCUGAGAGGAUGUAGGGAACAGUGCGGCUGGGCUGGGAGAGCAGGAUUUUUGUCCAGAGAAUUCAUAGAUUCUAAAGUUGGGAGCUGAAAGUCCCACAUGGAAGACCCUGGCAUCAAGGGAGCCAGCAAGACUUCAGAUUCUGUUCUCUGGGCAGACUUUCAAAUCUCCUUUUGCUUGAUGUACGCAGAAGCUAGUGAUGACCUGAUAUAGAGGAUUGUAGGCUCUUCCAGUCACGUGCGUUGGGGAAGCCCACAGAAAUGGUGUGUGUCUACUGCAGGAGCUGUAGUUCAGCCCUUGGGCCGAGAUCCACCUCUUCUCUAUCAAUCUGCCAUUGAGCCUUUGAAGAAAGAAUCUGUUUCCCACCGAAAGGAAAAUCUGGAUUUUAAAAUAGGGACUCUUCACAGGAAAACGAAGGAGGGUGAUGGAAGUUUUAAAAAAUGAGCACCUCAAACUAGCUGCCUGGAACCCUUAAAUUCACACCCUGAGCUCUUUGUGCUGGGGUUAGAGUGGCAUCUGAGCUGCUCAUUUCUGUUUAGCGGGCAUUCAGGCUUUAUGCUCCCACCACCUCUCUUAGAAGAAUGAGGGAGGUUGGGUUUAUAGGAGACUGAUUUUCUUUCAUGGGCACAGGAACUGAGAGAAAAUGUGAAGCAAGACUGUCCUUUACCAAUGGUUAAAAUGGAACAUUGCCCUGCUUCCUGAGAGUUAGGCUGAUUAGUGAGGAGACAAUUCAACUGCUACUCCUCCUUGCAUUUUGAUUUUGAUUUUUCUCAGUUCUCUACCAACAAGUAUGUAGUCAGGAGCCAUGAGCUGAAAUCUGUCCAGAGUGCCAAGUCCUUUGGAAGAAAGAUAGAUACCUGUAAAAAUGCUGUUAUUUGCCAUGGCAGUUCACAGCAUUUUUAUUGCAAAACUAGUGCAGAUUGGUUGGGAGUAGAAGACAAUUCACAGUUCACAAAUGAGCUAACAUAUCAUGACAAAAAGGGAGUGGUGGUUUGAUUUGGAAAAGGACAUUGGGCUGAGGCUGGACUGACAGUUGGGUGUUAUUUAACCUGAUUAUGGUAACAGGGAAACAUUUACAGAUGCCGUUUGGAUGGUGCUAAAAAUACAAAGGAGCCCAUAGAUGUUGUAAAUGGGACAGGUUACUAAAAUGAGAUUGAAUUAGACGGAAAAUAAAUUUGAAAGUGAAAUUCAUUGAACCAGAUUUUCCUUGGAGACCUGAGAAGACAACCCCCUAAAAGCCAGUUUCCUGGAGACAUGCCUGUCCAGUACGGCAGACACUUUCCACAUGUGGCUCUCACGUGGGAUGUGGUUAGUCCUAUUGAGAUGAGCUGUGCUAGAAGUAGAAAAUACAUGCCAGAUUUUGAAGACUUAGUGUGAAUAAUAAGAAUGUAAACUGUCACAUGAGUAAUUGAAAAAAUAUUGAUUACAUGUUGAAAUUAUAUUUUGUAUAU